CCGCUGUAGCGCCCGGGCCGCUUGGCCGGGCCCGCGUGCCCUCCGUGGGCUGCGCUGAGCACGAGAGCCUGUCAAAGCCGGGAAUGCCUGGCCACCCUCUGCUAACCGCCGCCGCCACAGCCGCCGCCGCCGCCACCGCCGCCGCCGCCGCCGCCGCCGCUGCCGCCACUGUUUGGCCCCGGUGAAAACCGGUGACGGCGGGGAGAUGAAAUUCCCGGCCUCCGUCCUAGCGUCCGUGUUCCUGUUCGUAGCCGAGACCACGGCGGCGCUGUACCUGAGCAGCACGUACCACUCAGGCGGCGACCGCAUCUGGCAAGCGCUCACCCUGCUUUUCUCUCUCCUGCCCUGCGCGCUGGUGCAGCUCACACUCCUGUUCGUGCACCGCGACCUCAGCCGCGAUCGCCCACUAGUGCUGCUGUUGCACCUGCUCCAACUCGGACCGCUCUUCAGGUGUUUUGAAGUCUUCUGCCUCUACUGUCAGUCAGGCCACAAUGAAGAGCCUUAUGUCAGCAUCACCAAGAAGAGGCAGAUGCCAAAAAAUGGCUUUUCAGAAGAGAUCGAGAAGGAGGUGGGCCAGGCAGAAGGCAAGCUAUUCACCCACCGCUCAGCAUUCAGUCGGGCCUCAGUGAUUCAGGCUUUCCUUGGCUCUGCCCCACAACUCACUCUGCAGCUGUAUAUAAGCGUCUUACAGCAGAAAGUCCAAGCUGGAAGAUGUGUGUUCAUGAUUUUGUCCCUGCUGUCCAUUGUGUAUGGAGCCUUGCGCUGCAACAUCCUAGCCAUCAAAAUCAAGUAUGAUGAGUAUGAAGUCAAGGUGAAACCUCUGGCCUAUGUCUGUAUCUUUCUCUGGAGGAGCUUUGAGAUCGCCACUCGUGUCAUUGUUCUGGUCCUGUUUACUUCUGUUAUGAAGAUCUGGGUGGUACUUGUUGUACUUGUCAACUUCUUCAGCUUCUUCUUGUAUCCCUGGGUCCUGUUCUGGUUCAGUGGCUCCCCAUUCCCUGAGAAUAUAGAGAAGGCCUUCAGUCGGGUGGGCACAACUAUCGCACUAUGCUUCCUCACAUUACUCUAUUCUGGUAUCAAUAUGUUCUGCUGGUCAGCUGUGCAGUUGAAACUUGACAACCCUGAACUCAUCAGCAAGUCCCAAAAUUGGUACCGGCUACUGGUAUACUACAUGGUGAGAUUCAUUGAAAAUUCCAUCCUCCUACUCCUGUGGUAUUUCUACAAGACUGACAUCUACAUGUAUGUGUGUGCACCUCUGUUGAUUCUGCAGCUGCUAAUUGGAUACUGUACAGCCAUUCUCUUCAUGCUCGUAUUUUAUCAGUUCUUCCAUCCUUGCAAAAAGCUCUUCUCAUCCAGUGUUUCAGAAAGUUUUCGGGCAUGGCUCAGGUGUUUCUGUUGGGCCUGCAGGAAGCAGGAAUCUUGUGAGUCAGUAGAAAAGGCGGAAGUAAAGUCAUCCACAGAUCAAGAUGAGACACCUUCUAGCAGCAAAAUGAGUCCUGAUCCCACUCAGACCUUGAGUGUUGAUGAUAUAUGUUCUGCUUAAUGAAACCUGAAGUUUCCCAGUCCACAGGCAUUUUUGUUUUUAAGUCCAUAUCGUUCUACAUAAGUAAUGAGCACUGCACAGAGAACAAGGCAGGAAGUUAGCUGUCAACUCCUUGUAAGCUGCUGCUCUUUAUAUAGCCCUUGAGUAUGUGGGAACUGGAAUAGGGGAACCUGAAUGUUGAAGGGGUGAAGAGAUGAAUUAGUAGCCUAACAACACCACAGAUCACAAGUGACCAUGUUACAUUCUUGUGGGUCUUAUUGUUUUGGGUUUUGUUCCCACUGAGUACACCUAAAGUCUGAACUGGGUUCUCUAGAUCCAUCAGGAAGAAUGUGAAGAGCUUACUAAUUUUCUAGUUUUCUGGACUAUUAGUCUGGUAGCCUGAUGAUUUAUUAUCCCUGAACAUUAUUUUUAUUCAAGCAUCAUCUUGAUGAUCAGAAGAGGUUACUGGAGUUUCACUAUCAGCAACAUCAUUCUUACCACUGCUUACAAAGAGGACUAUUCAAAUUGAUUUUUAAAUAAAUAUAUGUUCUAUUUUCAUCUUGUUAUGUCUUUUUGUACAUAGCCAAGUGUAGCUACCCUGGCAUGCUAUUUGGAAUUGAUUUGGCAACUUUAUUUCCUAGGAUCCAUAGCUGUAAAAUUGAAUUCAAAAUUUGGAUAAAGAAGCCCUAAAAUUUUAGGAUAGGCAUGUUCCUCCUGUAUGGUGAAGAAAUUUGGACCAAGAGAAAUGUUACAACAUCAAAAUGACCGAAAGUUAUAUAGGUAGAAUUCUUACCUUCUCAGUCCAAAGCUAUGUACUAAGUAAGAAGAAGGCUUAAACUUCUUGAAGGUUUAUUCUUAUAUUACAAUUCUGGGAAAUUUCUAAUAGAAUUUGCUAGGAUUCACCUUUUGAGGAAAGACCUAAAUAAGAUUCAGUCUUCCCUUUUACUUCCCUAUUGAUUGCCUACUAGGAGAGUUUUAGACAAGAUUUAUCUCAGUUUAAAUUUUUCAAGAAAACCCUACAGAAAUCUCUCAGUAUAGGCAUAUAAAGCUUUUUACUUUUUAUUAUUUGAAGUGAAAAGGCGUUCCUCAUCACCGCUCUUAGAGAUUGCCUUCAUAAAAUCUUUAAAUUGUAGAAAAAGUUGAAAUGACCAGAUUUCUUUCUUUUUUGAAAUGCAUUUUGAAUAGCAGAAUUGUGAAUGAAUUUGAACAAAAGCUUCAUCUUCAUUUUCUCAUACACUAUUAUCUUCUGUAUAAUUUCUCCAUUAACUGAAAUUAAAAUAGAAAAUUUCUAUUUCUUUCAUUAAGGAGGAUUUGGUAGCAUAGUUUCAAUCAUUCUGGAAAAUGACUAGAAUCAACCAAAGUAAAAUGACAAUAACCAAUAAAUCUUAAUAACAAAAUACCUGGAAGCAGAUGAUCAUAAAAAAAUCACACUAAUCUGAGAAACUUUCAAAAGAGGCUCUACUUAUAAAAUCUACCAGAGGGAACAGAGAUCCACUUCUUUAUCUGUAUGGACCCACAAAGCAUAAUUAUCUGGUUGUAGCAUUUCUGAUAAUUUUUAAAAUUGUUAUCAUUAUCAAAUUUAUAAGUAAUUUCAAACACAGAGGUAAAAACAUAAUUUGGUAAAUAAUCACCAGUACAUUCAGGGAUCCAUAAAACUGUAAAUAUUCUUUCACAUGGUAUCCAGUGAAAGAAUUAUUAGUAUUUUAUACAGUUUAAUAUUAAUAUUUAUACCAUUUCAUACAUAUGUCAGUAUACAUAUCGAUAUGAUCCCAAACUGUAGAUCCUAAGUUUUAGUUUUAUGAGAUAUUUUUCCUCACUUAAAUUUCCCCUGGUUUAUCAAUAUCUGUAGUUUAAUUUGGGGGGAAUGACCAUGCAAUAGAUCAUAUUUUUUCAUACUUAUAAUCAAAUAAUAACACUCAGUAUUGGCUAUGGUUUUCUUGUUAUCCCAUCAAGUACCACUUGCCUUGCUUUUAAGAGUCCUGGAUGAACAGUGAGCAUGCAUAAGCGAAAGGAUUCUUUAUAUGACAUGCAUUUCCAUGUACGCUCCGUGCAUAGAUACACAAUUGCAAGAAUGAAAAACACAAGAACACAGCUAAAGUAGACUUAAGUUGUUAAAGCGUCCUUUUCUGGUUGUUUCCUAAUUCAGAGAGGUUCUAUAAUGAGUGGUGAGAAGCAAGGUCACUCCUAAGUCAUUCCAGUGUUUCUAUCAACCGGUUCAUUGUGUUUCUUGAAACUAGAUAUUUUCAGGAUCUUUCCUGAGAAAGCAAAUUGUUGCUUUGAAGUCUUGUGGUGGCUGAAGGUAGAGGUGAAAUGACUUCUUUGGGUCAUGCCUUAGAAGCCAGGACUUGGAACAACCACGACUUUCACUGAGUAGGAUGUUCAGAUACAAGGAUUCAGAGACUAUUUUUCUCAGCCUCAUUUUAGGAGCCUGUCUCCAAAAGAAUGACAAAAAUAUUAAUUUAAAAGUAUAUUGUAAAUCUAGAACAACCUCAAAUCAAACAGUGUCAAGCUUGCAAAGCCCACUUCACGUAUUUAUAAAGACACAAGUUUGGUAACUAAAUUGGACUUGCUCUCAAUUUAAACCCUUGAUAGAAAGGUGAAUCAACUUUUGACAUGUAUGUCCAUUUACUUUGGGAGCAAGAAUUCACUUCUUUUUUCCUGCAUGGUGAAAAUAUAGGUCAUAGUGAACUGAAAUUUUUCAUUUUAUCUCCGCAAGAGCCAAAAUAAUGUAUAUGUUACACUGUGAAGCCAGGUUGUAUUAAAGACAUAAAAGAAACCAGCACAUUUUCCUGUGUAUUAGGAAUUAAUUGAGUUUUUCAGUUAUAAUUCAAGUUUGUAAGAUUCUCAGUGUUUUGUGUAAUGAAUUACAUGCCAUAACUUGUUCUGACAGCUACUCCAACAGAAUCACUGUCAUUUAGUGGGACACUAUGAAGUAUUUCCUCAAAACAUAGCAAAAUAAGAUCAUCAAACAUGUUCAGACUUUCUCUUGUUAUUACUAAAGACCAGCCCAGUAUAGAGAUUGGCAUCCCCCUAUCUAGCCCCACAAGUUUACUUAAUUGCUUUAUGCCUUAGGCUUUUCAUCCACCAAAUUAGGAUGAUAUACUUGCCCAACCUACCUCAUGAGAGUACCAGAAAGAUCAAACUAUAUAAUAGAUGUGAAAAUGCUUUGAAAAUAUUUUUAAAGUGUCAUGCAUAAUUAUUAUAUUAUUUAAACCUGUAGCAGGUUAUUGUUAUUUUCUUGCUGUUUGAAAAUAAGUGAGUAGAGUUAUUCCCACAUGUGAAACAGGUGAGUUUCUGGCCUUCUCAGCAGUUGUCCUUUAAAAAAAAUCAGUUGUUUACAAAAAUGAAUGCCCAAAUCCAUGGUAUGUGAAGAAAAGGGACCCAAUGAAUCUGAGAAAGUAUGGCAAAUGAAUUUAUCUUCUGGAUAUUGUCUUUCAUGAAAGAUGUAACAGCAUCUUUUGAAAAUUGUAUAUUACCACGAAUGGCUUGUUGAAACCAUUUAUUGGAUGUGAGUGUAAUCUUUUCAGACUUGUAAGUGGGAAAAAUAAGCAUUGAAAUUGUUGGAUACAGCAUUUCCUUGGAAACCACCUUAGAACUUUAGUGCUAUGGUUGUGAGUGCAUGUACCAAUACUCCUCAGCCUGUGUGUUUUGGAUGUGAGCUUUUGUAGACGGCUUCCCUGAGUCCUUGACUCAAAUGUUGUGUAUGUUUUUCCAUAUAAUAAAUUAAUUUUUCAAUUUU